GGAGGGCGCGGCAGUGGCGGCGUCCCUUCGCGCCCCCCUCUCCUCCGCGCCCGCACCGAGUCCCCGAGCGGCGGCCGGGCGACGAUGGCUUCCAUGGCGGCGGCGAUCGCGGCGUCCCGCACGGCCGUCAUGAACAGUAACCGGCCGCUGGACGAGCGGGAGCGUAAGCGCUUCAGCUACUUCUCGUCCCUGAGUCCCAUGGCUCGCAAGAUCAUGGCGGAGAAGGAGCGCAUCCGCGAGCGCUACGGGCCCGACUGGGAGCGGCUGCCGCCCCGCCAGCAGGACGAGAUCAUCGACAAGAGCCUGGUGGAGCCCCACGUCCAGGCCCGGUACGCGGCGCAUCGCGGGGCCGCCCGAGGCCCCCCGCCCCCGGUCUGCUACCCCAACCUGCGCCUCAACACGGGCCAGAAGGUGGUGCACUUCGGGGACGAGGAUAUCACCUGGCAAGAUGAACACUCUGCUCCUUUCUCCUGGGAAACCAAGAGUCAGAUGGAAUUCAGCAUUUCUUCGUUGUCCAUGCAAGAACCGGGUGGGGUGGCAUCACAGAAUGAACAGAAGCAAGCCAUCAAAACUGCUCCAGCCCCACCAGCCCCCAAACCCUCACAGGCUGGGAAAGCACCAAGUUCAGAAGGGCUUUUCCCCGCCAGGAAAGAGGAGGAGUCUUCAUUCUGGAAGAUCAGUGCUGAGCGCUCCAAGUGCGAAGGCGAGCAGUCUCAGUUCCAUUCCCUAACCCCGAGCCAGAUCAAAUCUAUGGAGAAAGGGGAGAAGACCCUGCAGUCUUACUGCAGGCAAGAAUCUGGCCCAAAGGAGGCGGUGAAAGCAGAGAAGCCUACUAUUUCCAAACCCGAAAAGAUGGUCACCCCAGUCCUUGCCGUGUCAUCAACAGAAUGGGAAAAACCUCAGGUUGUUCAGCCUUCAGCUCUCAGCCUUGAUGCUCACCCUGAACCAGUGGAAAAACCAUCUUCCCUUGGGGCCAGAAAUGAAGAAGUCAGUGAUGACCUGAAGAUAUUUGGCCAGAGCAAUACAAGUAAUGUUAUUUUGAAGACGGGAUUUGAUUUUCUAGACAACUGGUAAAGGCAAACAAAAAUAACUUCAGCUCAGUUUUGGAGAAAGAAAAGGAACAUCUCUCUCCCUCUCUCCUUGUAUGUGCACAUAUUGUUUUGUUAUGGGCUUCUAUGUGUUCUUUAAAAAUAUAUUUUUCCAACUCUUUGUAAAUGUUGCCUUUGUACUAACACUUUUUGUAAAACCAGAUGGGUAUUUGUAUUUUGGAACAGUCCCGUGUUAGACGCUUGUGUGUUUUUUUUAAUUCUACAGGAUGAAUUUGUUGGGGACGUGCAGAAUAAAUUUCCUAAUAAUUCUGUGUAUGCUAAGGACAAGGUAAAUGAUCUAACUAGAGAGAGAAAUUGAAGCUACAUAAGAGAGACAUCCAUGUUAAUUUGUUCAUGAAGGAAAACAGCUAAUGGACUGCCAGAUGAAUUAGUACAAAGAAGAGAACCAUUUAUAUAGAGAAAAGCUCAACCUAGAAUCUCUGGAAGCACAAAGCUCAAAUACCAAAAUUCAUCAUGUCUCUUUCAAAGAAGUUUUGCAAACAGUAAAGCUAUACAUAUUUUCAGUUUUUAUUAUUGUGAAGGUAUGUUUAGUUUUGACCCAGUUUGUUUUUGGUUGCAGUUCAUAGACAUUUAACAGCAUCAUCAUGGUGUGAGAUGUUUUGAAGUGGACCGGCUUUGCCAUAGCGGGAUGCCAGGAGCGGCUGUAGAGUUCCAUGGCAUGCUUUGUGCUGAAGGUCCCCAGUGCAAAUCCUCGGUGUCUCCAGGUGGGGCUGGAAAAACCCCCGCCUGAAACCCCAAGAGCCAGUCAGUGUCAGCGGUUCGGAAAUAGAUGGUCUGGUCCUAAAGGCAUGGCUGUGCUUGAGAUAAUAGUGCUGUAGAAGUAGCAUAAAUGGAGGAUAGAGGCAUGGAGGAAAGACAGACAUGGGACAAAGCUGCACCUUUAUUUUUAUAGAUUAAAAUGCUUAGUGACAAGACCUUUGGUGAAAUAAAACCUGGAAAGGUAAUUGAUUCUCUUGAUACCACUUGGCAAUCCUUGUAACAGUGACACUGGAGCAAUCCACUUACAAUCUCUGGGAGCAACAAGCCUCUCUCACUACCCCAGGAAUCUUACAAUAAUCCACUGUGUUUCCUGCAAAACAUUGUGAGGGGCUCCCGCCUCCCCAGUUGUAAUUAGAUUGCAUCUCUUGAAGGCAUGACUUAACUUCUGGUGCUACUUCCCUUAGUGGAACUAGAACUUUUAACUUGUCACAUUCUCCCUGAAGAGCUCAAUUUUUGUAGUUCUUUUGGAUUUUAUUACAAUGAGUUCUUUACAUGGGGGAAAUUUUUAAAAAUGGCAUCCCCCCACUCAUAACUUGAAAUUAUAUAGUCCAGUCUACCACUUCAGGAUUCUACCACCUCUCUCUGUGUGUGCAAGUGUGUGAACAUAUGUGUGUGUGUGUAUGAAGACCAGGCCUCAUUCUUGUCUGAUGUUUAAAACAGACAUGAAUUGGCAAGCCCUGCCCGUUGAGUUGCCAUCUUGAAAGAACUUUGUGGUUUUCUAGCCUACAGCAACUCUUUCCCCAUCACCUUCAAGCCUUAAUUUCUCCUUUACGCACAAAAUGGUGGUCCAUCCAAUCCAAUACCAAAGGUGAUUAACCUUUAAACCUUGAGAACUGGAUUUCCAGAACAUUAACCCAUUACAGUGGCUCAUUAUACUCAAUGACAUUUAGUGCUGUGCUGAGGCUCCCACACAGUUUGCAUUGGGUCAAAUAUCUGGAGGACAAAAAGCAGAACACACAUACCUUCUUUCUCAGCUGGUUUGCAGAUCACUGUAACCCACCCUGGCUUGUCUAAGCAGGCCAUUUUGACUAUUCAAACCUGUUUGGGGUUGCUGUGGUUUGCCAUGUUGUGUGAAUCCAGGCAGCAUGGCUUGCUGGAGAGGGAAACAACCUUCCAGUAACAACACAAAAGCCCAUUUAAUACUAUGUGAAAGGUAAGCUACUAGCACCCUCCAUAGAAACCAUAGAAUUAGGCAUAGCAACCUGUAUUGUCCAGACAUGUGACAAGUUUGAACAAAACCCCACAAAGUUCAGGUUACAUCUAUAAUAGACUUUGUCUCCCUCUGAUCGUCCAUUUCCUGUUUAUCCAACCUGCUGUUCUCUUAAACAUAUUCUGCAGGCAGACAAUGUAUCUGACAAGUGAAGGUUGACCAGUAGGAAAUAACUCCAAAUGUGUAUCACUGUUAUAGGCCAGCAUAAAAGUCAAAGAAUACUGUGCAAGCUUUGGAGUCUUUAGAACACUUCCUCAGGGGGAAAAGUAAACAAAACCAAAGGUACUGAAAAUCUGUUUUUCAGAUCGGCAACAUUUUAGAUUUGUGGGGACCAUUCAUUGUUCUUCUCAGCAAUGCCUGUGGGGUCUUAGGUGCAACCCAAAACAUUCUCAGUACCUGUUAGAGCUAACUGGAAUGUCUGCAACUUCUUCCCACUUUCCAUCUUAAGGCUGUAACUAAAUGCAGACCUCCAUGGCUUGCGCGUCAAACUUUAUUUUUCCUUUUUCCUGCACUGCCUCUUCGGAUUUGUGUACCAUCUUGCUGGAUGAAGGGAUCUGGAGAACUUGAACUCUUCCACAGUAUUUUCUGCCCUUUCAGUAGACCUAUAUUUCCUUUUGGGAAAUAUAUCUAAGUUACCUAAUCAAAUCAAGAGUCUAUUUCCAAGUCCUUGUCCCAAAGAUGUCCAUCUGUUGUUAAAAUGAACUCGAGAGAAAACGCUGCUUUUGAGGGCUGUUUCACCAUCACCUUUUAUGCACCUUCUUGUACACAUGCGUGUUUGAUAGUGGAGAGUGAAGUGGGAAAGAGAGGUGUGUGUCUCCAAACAUUCAGGUUUGUGGUGGACACUUGCUGAAGAAGUCUAGUUUCAUUUAUUGUUCUUUUUGUAUAUUUGGAGAUGCCUCUCCUGUCACUGGCUGUGUUCACAGUGUAACAUUCAGCCAUGGUUUAUGUUAAGCAUGGUUUGUAGCUUUAGCCAUGUAGUAUCUUGCAAAUGAGCUAUGGAUUGUUUUCCCUCUUUCUGAUCUAUCUGUCCAUCCCGUUUCGACAGCCUUCAGAACAGUUUCUUUUCCAGCUCUUGUUAAGCACUGCCUCUUUUUCAGGGUAGGCAGCUGUGCAAACAAGUUAAGGAUAAGCUACUGUCCUAGGUUCAGACAUCACAACAAGCCAAGAUUUAAACAAGGUUUAAAUUUGGCAAGCUAGCAACAAACCAUGGCUUUUGCAUGUUGCUCAUAGCAAGUAGACAAAACAUGGUUUAUUUGUGGGCUAGAUAACAACAAGCAAGGUUUCAGCAAACCACAUCAUGGCAUAGCAUUAUGUGCGAACCACACCCUUGUAUUUACCAUAGUAACACUUGCACUGUUCCCCAAGUGUGAUGCUAUGUAAGUAUGAAUUGACACUUGGAUAACAGACACCAAUGACACUUCUGGAGUCAUUUGUCUUGCUGUUGUAACCAGUAGAAAUUCCAGUAAUGGAAGAGAAUUUUAAACACAAAAAAGCUCCCGAUGUGGUAGCUGUUGGCAAGUAUCUUGUUUUGUUUUUGCUACAUUUACAUUGUUUCCCCAAGACACUUUAAUAUUUGCAAAAGAUAUUUGAAAAGGUUUUCUUUUUAAACUAUUUGGUAUAUAAAAGCAACAAAUAUUUUAAAAAGAGCUAAAGUUGAGCACAAAUUCACCAUGAGGCAUUUCUAAUCUGCACUUUUGAACUUCAAAAGGGAAACUUUUUGUACAAUCUUACUGAAGCUGAACAAUGUAAAGCGUGAAUUUUUCAGCUCAGGUCCUUUUCUCUAUGUUGGGAAAUUCAUCAAGUUUUUUUCUGUUUAAUGCAUAAAUGUGGUAACUUCCAUCUUUGUUGUCUCAUUGGAGAGAAUAUCCUAAGGCCAGGAGGAGCAUCAUUGUAAAGAUACUUGUGUUACACAUAAAAAACUGUUAGGAACCGAGUUCUGUCUCUGUGUUUCACCUUAUGAGCUAAAGGUAUCAACCAGUUGCUAAUGUGUUUGUGUGCAUCUCCUGUUCAUUACAAGGAGGGGAGUACAGAAGAAUGUGCUGAAUUGUACCCACUGGAAUGAACCAGCAAUAUAUGCUGCAAAACCUGUACUCACCCUUUCACUUACUGUUCCUUGAUGGCUAAAAUCUGAUGCUUUCUCCCUUUCUUAGACAUGUUUUUAAUGACGUUCUUAUUCAUAAUUGUUCUUGGUCACAUUUUAUAUACAAAUUCUUCUUAAAUAAAGGCACCUGAUGUAGACCAGUU